GGUAUAAAUGCACAUAACGACAAUAUAGCUGAAUCUGAAGGCACUUCGGACAUAGGGAUGAUUUUUUUGUGGAAUAUUUCAAUCGUUUGUUGUUUAUUAUUUCAUAUUAUACAUGGCGAAAUAUUUACGUCUGUAUAUAAACUGUCAAUUUUGGCAAAUGAAGAAGGGAAGUUACUUCGGGCAUUUAAAAAAUACAUUGCGACACAAAUCAGAGAUCAGAGAUCAAUAUCAUUAGAACUUCAAAGAUUAUUAAAUGACCUAGAAUCAGCCGUAACAGACAGCAGUCAAAAUCCAAGAUAUGCAGAAAACCCAAUAAAUUCCUUUCAUCUACUUGGAAGAUUUAUAUACAAAUGGCCAGUCGUCUAUAGUAACAUAUUAUGUGCAGAAUGUAGACUAGAUGAUGCUGCAUUAUAUUUAAAUACAACAUAUCAAAUAGUUAGUAUGAACAUCGUCCACUGGCCAGGGGAGUACGAUGUUAAAGCAUCAGCACAAGCGUUAUUACGCCUCCGAACUUUUUAUUAUUUUAACAUUGACAAAGCUAUCAAUGGUAUUCUUUUUGAUGAACAAUGUCAACCACUAAAUCCGUCACAAGUACUAAAGAUUAUUAGAAUCGCCAUAGACAGUAAUCUGCUAAACGAGGCGAAGCUUUGGUGUGAAGCUUUACUACGCAUACUUCCGUUUACUUCCUAUCAAGACGAAAAUAUCAAUGACUUGGCUAUCAAUAGGUUUUUGGCCGCUAUAUACAAUCAGGCUGGUAUGCAUAAAAAAGCAGCAGGCGUUUUGUUAGAAUUAACUCAGUCUGGAUACUCUGAAGUCGACCAAGAGUAUGAAUUUUAUAAAAACAGUAUUAAUGAGACAGACGAGAAACAAAAUAUAGCACUGGUUGCAGAGGAAUAUGAUAACCAUUAUAAACAGUUAUGCAGAGAGAAUAGAAAAUCUCCACGAGAAUAUUCCAAACUAUACUGCUAUUCAAGUGUUACAUCUAUACCAUACUAUAAUGCAAAGGUAGAGAUUGCUAAUCUUCAACCAAAGAUACUCGUAUUCCAUGACGUUAUAUCAGAGACGGAAGCAUCCUAUCUUCGACAAGAAGGCAGCAAAAAGUUUACAAGAUCGACGGUUGUCCGCACAGGGAACUAUAGAACGGUAGCUGACUCAAUACGAAUUAGUCAAACAGCCUGGUUGUAUGAUGGACCUGGAAUAGCUGAAAAAACGACCCACAGAGUUGGCUUACUAACAGGCUUAGCCACAAAAUCCUCACCACGUUUCAGCAAUACAGAAGCUUAUCAAAUAGUUAAUUAUGGAAUAGGAGGAAUGUAUCACCCACACCAUGAUGCAUUUGAAAAACCAUUAUGGGGUCCGCCAAACAAAAACGACCCACUCGAAUUGAUAGGAACAGGUGACAGAAUAGCGACCUGGAUGUUCUAUUUAAAUGACGUUAAAGUAGGUGGAGCCACAGUAUUUCCAAAUGUAAAUGCUAGAGUUCCGGUUAAAAAGGGCUCAGCUGCUUUCUGGUAUAAUUUACUACCUAGUGGAGAAAAUGACCACAGAGUAUUACACGCAGGAUGUCCCGUUGUUAUUGGUUCUAAAUGGAUUGGUAACAAAUGGAUACGUGAAGGUGGUCAGAUGCUUCAAAGACCUUGCGAUCUUAACCCGUAACAGUAACUAUUCUAUAUGAAGCAAAAUCAUGCAAAUUACAAUUCUGUAGACAGUGAAGUUGACAUUUUUGUGAUGAUCUACUUAGGACAAAUUAAUAAUAGAUUUCGUUUCGUAAAUUCCCAGUUUUCAUUUCAUAAAACCAGCUGAUAAUAGCAAUAUGACCUCCUAUCAUCUGAAUUGGACGUAUUUAUUUUUUCCUUGUUUGUUUUUUUGUUGAUAUGUCAGAGUUCCGUCACGACAUGUGCAGAUUUUUUUUAUACAUGUUGAUUUACUUUUUUUAUAAUAGAGUUACCAAUUGCAUAUGUAGUACGACAUUUUGUUUCGUACCAAAUAUUAUCUGUUAACUUCAAAUAUUUCUAUAAAUUGACGUUCAUUAAAUUUUAUCAACAUCCAAGAUAAUUCUUCACAGAUGUAAAUAAAGAAUAGUAGAACCUAUCAAUAGUAUAUAAUGUAUGUGCAUAAAUACAUAAGGGUAUUGAAAGUGCGAAUCGAGUUUCUUGUGUAGAGUAACGAUUAUCAUAUUUUCUUUUGUAAACGAGAUGCAUUGAGGGAAAAUCGUAGAGG